UAAAAAAUAUGGAAUAUGAAAAAUAUAUGUUGAGUGCUAUAUCUCAAGCUGAAGAAGCUUUAAUGGCACAAGAAGUUCCUGUUGGAUGCAUAUUUAUAUUUCAAAAUAAAAUCAUAUCACAGUCGAGAAAUACUGUGAAUUUGACUAAAAAUGCAACGAGACAUGCUGAACUGAACUGUAUAGAUCAAGUAAUGGAAUAUUGUAGAAAUAAUAAUUUAGAUCAUUUUGCAAUUUUUAAAGAAAUUGAAGUCGUUGUUACUGUAGAACCAUGUAUAAUGUGUGCUGAUAUUUUGUAUAAUUUGAAAGUGAAAAAAAUAAUUUUUGGAUGUGCUAAUGACAGAUUUGGGGGUAAUACUGUUGUUAAGGUAUCAGAUUUAUAUCCUGAUCUAAAAACUACUGUAGUCGGUGGCAUAUUUUCUGAUAGAGCAAUGAGUUUGUUAAAAGAAUUUUAUAAAGGCACUAAUCCAAAUGCUCCUUGUCCUAAAGUUAAAGUAAUAAUAAAAUAG